CAUCCACAGACCCGCCCCUCAGCAGCUAGCAAGUUUCUGCCGUAUCACCUACAAACAGCACUCUGGACAGUUUUACAACCAAAUUUCCUGACUAAACUGCCCUUACCCCACCAUGGCCUCCUCCACAUCAGUUGGAGAUAAUCAACUGCAGAGGAUAAUCAGAGAUCUGCAUGAUGCUGUGUUUGAGUUGAGUAAAGAACACAACGAGUGUGGAGAACCUGUAACUGAUGACAGCGCCAACCUACACAAGUUCUUCUAUAAACUAGAAUACCUACUACAGUUUGACCAGAAAGAGAAGACAACCUUUCUUGGUCAGAGGAAAGACUACUGGGAUUACUUCUGCGAGUGCCUGAUUAAGAUCAAGGGAGCUAACGAUGGCAUCCGUUUUGUUAAAUCCAUCGCUGAGUUGAAGACCUCACUGGGGAAAGGACGGGCCUUCAUCCGCUACUCACUCGUUCACCAGCGUCUUGCUGACACACUGCAGCAGUGUUUUUUAAACCAGAAGCUCACAAGCGACUGGUAUUAUGCCCGGAGUCCCUUCCUUAAGUCGCAUCUGACUUCUGACAUAAUCAACCAUCUUUAUGAGCUCAACCAGAUCCACUUUGACGUGGCAGCCAGAGGUUAUGACCUUGAUGCAGAUUGGCCAACCUUUGCACGGCGAACUUUAGGCACCGCCUCACCAGCUUAUGUGUGGAGGCCUCCCAGUCGCUGCUCCAGCAUCAACAGUCUUGUUAGCAGCUACUCCCACUCACAGGUGCAGGAGUUUGUCCCAAACUCAGACCUCAGUCACAGUCUCCUUGGUGAGCUGGGUGAACUGGGUGAACUGGGGGAACCCUCCCCUUGCAGCAUUGCAGAGAACCUCCGCAUUGAGCUUGACCAGUCCGAGCUGAAACAGCAGGAGCUUCUGCUACGGGUUCAGGAGUUAGGGAGAGAGGCUUGCGAGCUGAAAGGCGUGGUUAAAGACCUUCAGGGCCAACUAUUAGCUGCUCAGAAGUCCUCUGGCGACUCUGCAUCUAUAGCAGCCCAAAGUAACCAAGAAACAGAUAAUCAGGAGAGAGCUACACUUCAAACCUGUAGGGAAGCAUUAAAUGGUGAACUUAAAGACAGACUCACAGCUGCUGAGAACAAAAAUAUGGAGCUUCUCUCUAAGUUGGACGAGGCUCUUAAAGAAAAGGGACAACAAACCGCCAGCUACUGCGACUCAGCGUGGAAAAUCCAGGACCUCCUGGAUAAACUCAAGACAGCAGAGGAGGAAAGGAUGGAGGCAAAGAGAGAGGCUGAGGACAGGGCCAGGCACUCUGAGCGUCUGUCCCAGGAACUGAAACUCAGGGAAGAAGAGUUGAGUAACAGAGAGGAGAAACUGGCUGAAGUAAAAUCCGGAGCCCAUGACGAACGUGAGGCGGCGCUCAAGCGGUUGGAGGAGCUCCAAAGUGCAGUUGGACGAAUUCAGGGAGCGCUGAGUUUGAAAGAGAAAGAGACGGGGAACUUGAGAGCCCAGCUUCAGGAUCUACAAGCGUCACUGGAGUGCAGAGAACGACAGGCGGAGGACCUGAGGAAAAGACUGCACGAGGAGAGGGAGGAGGUAAUGCAGAGAUGUAGCAUGAGUAGUAGCAAGAAUGAGGAGCUUGAGAGCCACCUCUGUGAUGUAAGAGCAGCUCUGAAAAACAGAGAGAAAGAGCUCACCUUUGGUUCCGAGAAAACAAAGCACCUAGAAAAGCAGUUGGAGAAGCUAAGUGUUGAAAAAGAAAGUCUGAGCUUUAGACUUGCUGAUAUUGAAGUUGCUUCCUCUAAGAACCUCGAGGACUACAAAACCAAAUGCAGCAAUCUCAUGGAAAUAAAUGCUAAGCUACUCCAAACAGUCAAGAAGAGUGAGGGGAGCAUUACAGAGCUGACUGAGAGCAGGGCCGCCUUGUUAGAGCAGCUAGCUUCUUUCAGGGCUUCUGAGAAGCACUUGAAGGGCCGAGUUGAGGCUGCAAAGAUGUGUGUGGAAGAUAGGGAGAAGAAGCUUCUAGAUGAAAACCUGCAUUUGGAGGAGAUUGCCCAGAAGGCGCUGGUCGGUAAGGAAGUAUGUGAUGCUCAAAUAAAGAAGCUAGAGAAUGAGAACAGGGAGCUUCUUGAGGACCAGUCCUCAUUGAAGGAACAGUUGGCAACAACUCAACAGGAACUUGAAUCACUCACUGCCAAAGCUGAACAUGUGGACAAGAAGCUCAAUGUGUCCCAAAGAAGCCAAGCAGAGUUACUUGAAAAACUCCAGGAAACUGAGACUAAACUGAGAGACCAGACUGUAGAAUGUGGGCAUCUGCAAGCCAGAGCAGAGGAGCUGGAGAGCAGGACGGGGGAGCUUCAUGCUGAAAAAGGAGCUGCAGAGAGCAAUGAAAAAAUGCAGAAGCUUCAUGAUGAGCGUCGGACAUCCUCAGCGGAAACCAAAGAGACCCCGUUCAGGCUAGUUAUGGCUGAGGCUCAACUGGAGCUCAACCUAAGGGAAGUGCACCGGCUCCAGGAAGAAGUGGUGGAGCUCAGGGCUCAGCUUCUAGCAGGAACUGAGGAGCGGAUGAAGGUUCAGGCACUCCAGGAGGUGACGGAGUCCUCCAGAGAGGACCUCCGUGUGUUAGCAGAACAACUCAAAGCCCAGGUGGAGGAGCUAAACCGCCGCCAUGUGGAUGAGAUUCUCCGAUCCCGCGAGCGAGAGGAGGGUCUUAUCCGGGAGCGUGACGGUGAGGCUCAGGCUCGAGCAGGUCUGGCUGCAGAAGUGACGGCCUCCAGAGAGGAGCUCAACAAACUAAAGUCGCGUUAUGAGGCCUUGUGUCUGGAGAACAGUGAAUCCAGGGAGGCGCUCCAUAGAGCCAACACAGAAACAGCUGAACUCGGUGUGCAUGUGUGUAUGCUAACUGCUGAGAACGAAGAGGCUCGUCUGCGCUGGGAGGGCUUGUCAACCAGGCUGCAAGAGCUGGACGAGGAGGCGGCUAAGGAGGCAGAGAGGCUGAAUACCUACGUGGAGCAGCUGAGACGGGAGAACCAGCGACUCCUCGAUCAGCUAAACGACGAAGACGGGAUGUUGGCAGUCAAGAAGGAGCUGCAGGAAAAGCUUAGCAAGGCCAAAGAGCAAGCUGAAGCUGUGCAGGAGACUAGCAAAGAGGAGAUACAGGCAAUCCGAUUCCAGCUCAGCAGCCAAGCCUUGAGCAACAGCAGCCAGCUCCAGACUGUGAAUCAAGAGUUAAAAGAAGGGAAAUUGAAGCUGAAGACUGAGCAUGAGAAAGUGGUCGAACUGGAGAACAAAUACAAACAGCUAGAGGCUGAGAAUCAGAGAUAUUGCCAACAGAUUGAAGAGAAAAACAUCCAGAUGGCCGAUUCUGAAAAUCUCAUGCAGCAGAAAGAAGAAGAGAUAAUCCAUCUGAAAGGGAAUUUAUCAAGGGCUGAGAAAGGUCUAACAGCGGCUCAGCAGACCUGUCAGGAGAUGAGUGAGAAUCUACGGAGAGUCACACAGGACAAACAGAGCUUUGAUCUUAAGACGGCAGCUGAACUCGACGAUCUUUACCGCACCAAAAUCAAUUUGGAAGAAAGGCUCGUAGAACUUAUCAGGGAAAAAGAUGCACUAUGGCAGAAGUCUGAUGCCCUGGAGUUUGAGCAGAAACUGCGAGAUGAGGAGACGGAGAGGGACGUCAACUACUGUCUUGGCUGUCACAGUCAGUUCAGCUGGUUGCUCCGCAAGCACAACUGCAGACUGUGUGGGCGUCCCUUCUGCUACUACUGCUGCAGUAACACAGUGAGCACCCAGCAGGCCGGCCACAGAGAGCGCUGCUGCAGCGACUGUUACAACCAGCACAGCGCAGUGAUAGAGCGCCACCCACAGGAGGAAGUCACUCACAGCACACCAGGGACACCUUUCAGUCGCCUGCUGCAGGCUGGGAGAGCUAUGACAAGUGGAUCAGGAGCAGAUGAAGGUGACAAGCAGAAUGAUGGUGUUUUUGACAUCAUCACAGAGGACGAGGUUAGCGGGGUCUAUGACAGUGACACCCUCUCUUUUGCCACCGCCUGCUCUCCUGGACACGGACAGCAGGGGGCAGCACAACUAAACAGCAGUCACAGUGCAGGAGACCUCACAUCAGAUGAUACUGAGGACUUCAGUGCUGCAGUACAGGAUGCAGAGAUCUGCCUGCUUCAGUCUGGAGACCUCACGCUCUCUGUCCCAUUCACAGUGGAUGACAUCUCAGCGUUCGGGGACAGCUCUCGAGAGCUCUUCAUCAAGUCCAGCUGUUACAGCACCAUCCCCAUCUCCAUGAGUAGUCCUGGUCCUACUGUCUCCUGGACGUUUACCUCGGAACCGAAGAGCAUCUCCUUCAGUGUGGUCUACAGGGAGAGCACAGAGACUCCACUGGAGCAGGCCAAGGUCUUGAUCCCACUGACUCGCUGUAACUCCCACAGAGAGACAAUCCAGGGGGAACUGAAAGUCAGAAACGCUGGAGAAUACACACUUGUCUUUGACAACUCUUUCUCCAGGUUCAUCUCAAAGAAAGUGCUGUAUCAACUGAGUUUAGACAAGCCUGUCAUCUACGAUGGAACUGACCUCCUCUGAACGUGACAGGAAGGAGGAGACGUAGGUGUGAAACUGACUGUUGAAACAAACAGGGGGUUUAAACUCUUGCACAUAGUUUCGAGGCAACUGGGUUAGAGUCCACUGACAUUUACCGACCUCAAUGCAUUUAAAGAAAACAAUGAGGCAAAACAAUGUUACACUAUUGAAUGUGAGCAUGCACUACCUUUUCACAAAAGCCUGAUGUUUCAGUUUAAAUUUAACAUUAAGGGUUUCAAACUUCACUCCGAGAUGGUUGGAGGAUUGUUGCAUAUUUUGAAUGUGAAGAGCUUGUUUGCCUGUGCACAUACAGGUUGCUCAGCACCUAGAGAUGUGGCUCCUAUGUGCAACAUUUGUUUAACUGCAUCCUUGCAGAAGCAAAGCUGCAUUUUUAUUCGUUACAAUGAGGUACAAUUGUUUGAUAUUUCACUGUUUGUUCCCAUUAUUUGCCUUGUCUCAUAAAGUCAGACUACUGUCUUUUAAAAUGGGACUAAUGUGCUCUCUGCACAUCGACAAAAUACAUUUCCCACUCGGAGUGGGAGAUUUGCUUGAGUCCUCUAUCAUGCUAUGUGUCAUUUUAUUUUGUCAUAUCAAUAUUCAUGAUGAUUUUAUAAAAUGUCCCUGAAAAUUAGGUGAGAAAAUAUUUAUGAUUAAAAGACCCACACAGAAAGGUCUGUUUUUUGAUCAACUAGGGAACUGAAUCUGAUUGUUGAAUAUGUGACAAAUCAUAACAUUGAUGAAGAAAAUACAUAUAAAGAUAAGAUAUCGCAUUUAAUCAUAUCAUGCUUAUUGAUUGCAACAUUACCCACAAUGGCCUAAUACACCUUGAGUUAAUUUAACAGAGAACUUCCACACUAUAAAUGGUUAAGCUAAAUCUCUAAACAAUCAACUAACGUGGUAUCAUUCAAAAAUGAAAAUAUAUAUAAGACUUGAGAAAUGUAACUAAUUUCACUCCAACCGUAACUGAUUAUUUUACUUGCUUUAUUGCACCAUUAACACAUUAGUUAGCAUUUCAUGUUACCCUAUCUUUAAAUCGGAGUGUUGAUAUUUUGCUGUUGCACAAAUAUUGGUGGAGGAAGUUCAUGCUCGUACAGUUAGUACUGUAGCUUCAAGAUUGUUCCCCUCUCAGCUGUUAGGAAUUGCAAGACAUGUUUUUUUUUGUGUUGCGAUUUGAUGAAGCAGAACAGGAAGAAGCAGGACUUCUGCAAAAGCUGCAAUUCUGUUACAUAAUUCGGUUUUAUUUUGUCUUCAGGAAACAGGCUUUAACUCGGUGCAGUUUUCUAUGCAUUAAGAUUUCUAUGCAUGCAAACACUAGGAACGUGCACAUAUUCCUAGAUUAAACCCUUGAGGUUAAAAAAAAGGUUAGGCACAUAUCAGAAUGUAGGUUUUAGUGUUUUAAAGAUUUAGUUUUUACUUGAUUCGUUACUCAUGUUUUGAAAAACGGGGACGAUUUUGUAAUAAACUUUGUGAAGAUAGAACUGAAAUUACAUUUUCUCAUGACAUAAAGCCUUUAGAUGAUAAAACGUUAAGUUUGGAAACCGUUUUAACAUGCUUUUCUAGAUGGGAAUAGUUGUUUGUUCUUUUAUACAGUUGUUUACUGUUGCUGUGUGGUGUUCUGCAGUGUGUCAAACAGAAAUAUGAAUCUGAUCAAACAGCCUUCAAAUAAUACAUGUCUAUAAAUCACUUUUAUACUUGUCUUAUAUGGACGUUUUUAUUUGAAGGCUUUAAUGUUCAAACAUACCUUUAUUUCUCUAGUGUGUCUUCACUCCUCAUUUCAUGAUACUGACUUGGAAAUUCAGAAACAUUGCUUUGCUAUUCAAGAAAGAAUUUUCAAAUUAAAAAAUGUCUUCCAGUAUUUUAAAACCAUUUCAUGAAAUUAUAUUUUGAACAUUUGAAGAAGAUUAGGAAAAUGGCAAAUGACACUUAAACAGAGAGAUAUAUUGCCAAAAUACUGGGGGGUCAAUAUUUGUCUAUUUUAUUGUUGUUGAAAGGGAGUUUCUAUUCAAAGGCAUUGCAACAUGACUGCUGUAUAAUGCACUUUUUAAAGGGCUUUUUGUCCGUCUGUAUCCCAUGAGCCUAUGUGCCAGUUGAUGAAUGUUUUUUAUUUUUCUCAUUCAUUUGUUUCUAGUGAGAGUGUGAUGGUAGAUGUUUACUGCUGGAUUUGUCAGAGGGAAGCUUUCGCUCUCUGGCUUAACCUGUAAAUGAUUGAUGACAAAUGUUUAACUGAAAUAUAAUUUACAUACUAAGAAGGAUUAUAAUAGAAUGGAUUUAAGAUUGUUGACAAAUAAAUAAGGAUUG